AUGUCCAGUUUUAUAGAGAAUGAUCCUAAGGAAAAUGAAGGGAAAUGCAAUCACUCCAAAUACCCUAACAUGUUCAAGAGAGGAAUAAUAAACACACUUCUUUUUACUUGGCUUCAUCCUAUUAUUAAUUCAGUUCAUGAAGGCAAUAUUUUAACAGAUGAAGAAAUGAAAGAAGUUGACGAUGAUACUUGUAUAGAGACCGAGUAUGAAUCUUUUUUAUAUAAUUGGAAGAAUGAAUUUUCUAACCAAGUUAGAUCAGAACUUAUAUCUACAAUUAAGGUUAUAUAUAGGACUUUUGGUAUACGUAUACUUUAUAUUUUGUUACUAAAAUUUUUUUAUGAUAUAACUUCGAGUUCUGAGCCUUGGCAAGUAUACAAAAUAUUAUCAUGGCUAAAUAACCCCAAUUCAACUACAUUUGAAGGUAUUUGGAGAUUUGGAUUACUAGUAUUAAGCGAAAUUUCUAGAGGAUUUAUAUUACAACAAUAUCUCCGUCGUUCUUUUUCUUUAGCUACUAUGUUGAGAGGUGUUGUUGGUUAUACCGUAUCAGGUAAAGUAAUAAAUAUAUCAAAAACUUUAGCUUCAGAGAACAUAUCGAAAUGUUUAAAUUUAAUAUCUUCUGAAUCAAUGUCAAUUUUGAUAUCAGGGAAUACUUUAUUGGUUGCUCCAUCUAUGAUAUUUCAGAAUAUUUUACUACUCAUAUUAUUAUAUAAAUUUGUUGGGAUUAGUUCAUUAAUUGGAUAUUCGAUUAUUAUAUUUUCACUGUAUUUAAAUACUCUUUUAAUUAAAAGAAAUCAAGCUGUUAGACUAAAGUAUAUUGAUGUUUUAGACAAAAGAAUUUCAUUAUCAACAGAGUUUAUUAGCUUUUUUAGACAAAUAAAAUGUUAUGCAUGGGAAAAUUAUUAUUUAACAAAUAUCAGUAAGAUAAGAGAUAAGGAAAUAAAACAUUUGAGUAGAUGGAGAUUAAUUUCUCAGUUAGGUAAUGUCCUUGCUACAGCAUGUGUAUCAAUAUCCCCUGUUUUAACAUUUGGUACUUAUCUAUCUCUUAAGGGGGAUUUUGAAAUUGAUAUUCUUUUUUCAUCAUUAAUGAUAUUUGAGCUUCUACAACAAUCACUAAUUAUGUUACCACUUGGUAUCAACACUUUACAAAAAACAAUAAAUUGUUAUAAUAGGUUAACAGAAAUACUCCUGCUUGAAGAAGUUAUAAAACCUAACAAGAUUUUAGAUUUAGAUUUAGAUUUAGAUUUAGAUCCAGAUGUAAAUACUGAAACAUCAAUAAUAAUUAAAAAUCUUGUAUUCGGUUGGAGUAGAGACGAAAUAACCUUACAUUCCAUUAAUGCUAAUGUAAAUAGAGGUGAACUUGUUGGAAUUAUUGGGCCUGUUGGAUGUGGAAAAACAACACUCCUUGAACUUAUUCUUCAGGAAAUUUUGCCAAGUAGUGGUAUUAUAAGGACUAGUGGACAAAUUGCAUACUGUAGUCAGUCACCAUGGAUAAUAGACUCUACAAUUCGUCAUAAUAUUCUUCUUGAUUUACCAUAUGAUGAAAAGUGGUAUCAAACAGUUGUAAAUUCUUGUUCAUUAAAUUUUGAUUUGAAGGUAAUGCCUAAUGGUGAUUUGACAGAAAUAGGUGAGAAAGGGAUCAAUUUAUCUGGUGGCCAAAAACAACGUAUUGGUCUAGCUAGAGCCAUUUAUCAAAGAAGUGAUACUUUAUUACUUGAUGAUAUACUUUCUGCAUUGGAUAAUACAGUUGCGAAUCAGAUAUUCAGAAAUUUGAUUUUGAAACUACUGAAAGGUAAUAAAACUGUUAUUAUGGUAACAAAUAAAUUGGAUAUAUUAUCAUUUUUUGAUCGUGUAAUUUUUAUUAAAAACAAGACAAUAGCAUAUGCAGGACCUCCUGAUAAAAAUUUUAUUAAUAACAAAGAUUAUGAAGUAUUGUUGCAGAGUAUGCAGAAGAUACAAAAGGAACUAUCACAAACUGUUGAUGAUAUAGUUACACUUGAAGAGAUAUCUGAAAUUGAAAUGAAUAAUGAUAAGUACAGUAUAAAGUCUGAUAUCACUUUGGAAUCAAUGAAUUACAGGAACUUAUUUACAUCUUCAGAAACUACUUCGAGACGUGGAAGUAGAGUUUCUAUGAAGAUCUUGAGAGAUAAAUAUAGAAGAGAAAGUGAUAUUUUAACUAACGAUAAGAAAUCUUCAGAAAGUUCUCUUUCUAGCUAUGAUUAUAGCUCAAAGAAAAUGUCUACUGAGCAAGUUUUUACUAGAGAAAAUGAAAAUAUAUCUCUUGGUAAGAUAAAGAAAUCAAUAUAUAUCUCUUAUAUUAAGGAUAAUACAGUUAAAUGGUGUAUUCUUGUAGUUUUACUUAUUUACAGUCAUUCUGCUUGUAGUUUAUUGUCUUCUUUAUGGAUUUCUAAAUGGUCUUUAAAUAUUAAUGCAUAUGGUAAAUUGUAUGGUUUGCUAGUUCUUUUUGGUAUUAGUGCUCUACAACCAAUAUUUAGUUUCCUAUUCCGAUCCUCAAAUAUAUACAUGGCUUCUAGAGCUUCAGGCAGAAUAUAUCAUAAAAUUGUGGAAAAGUUAGCUUAUUCCAAGAUGCAAUUUUACGAAUUUACCCCAAUUGGACGUAUUAUAAGCCGUAUUACUAAUGAUAUCGUUAUUAUUGACGAAGUAUUACCACAAAACAUGAAUGACUUUUUAUUUGCCCUUUCACGUAUUUCUUUCUCUAUUGGAUAUUUUAUAUAUCUUGAUAUACGUUUUGCACUUUUAUUCUUAGCAUUGUGUUAUUUCUUUAUUGGGAUAAGGAAUAAAGCUCUUAAUACUAAUCGUCAGCUUAAGAGAAUAUUCCAUACAAAGAAUGCUCCAAUUAUUUCUAAGUUAACUUACUUAAUUGAAGGUUUGCCAAUAUUGAGGUGUACUGAUAACAGUUUGAAUGUCUUUGAUCAAGAAGUGAGAGAUUUAAUUGAUAGUGAAUGUAGACCUUGGAGGUGUUAUUGUUUAAUACAACGUUGGCUUGGAAUACGCAUUGAUUUUAUUGGAGCUUGUGUUAAUUUUACUUUAGGUAUUCUAUGCAUAUUCACUAAAAAAUACUUGUCAGUUGCUAGUAUUGGUAUUGCAUUUCAAUAUUCUAAUGUUUUAACACAUUUAAUUAUAUGGAUAACACGUGUAGUGUCUGAAGCAGAGAAUAACUUUUUAUCCUAUGAACGUAUCCAAGAAUAUAUUGAAAAUAUUCCACAAGAAUAUAUCCUCAAUAGUUACAAUAGUAAUAAAAGUAAUUUGAAGCAUAUAAACAUUUCUGAAAAUGAGAAUAAAGAAUUAUUAAAAUCACUAAUAAUAAACAUUGAUAAUAUAAAUAAUACUUCAAAGUGGCCAUUAAAGGGUAAAAUAGUAUUUAAGAAUGUAUAUUUACAAUAUAAUAACACAGGUCCAAUUAUUUUAAACAACUUAAAUUUUACAAUAAAUGGCGGAGUUAAAGUUGGUAUAUGUGGUAGAACUGGUUCUGGGAAGUCAUCAUUGUUGUCUGUUUUGUUGAGGUUAUAUGAUAUUCAAAAUGGCGAGAUAUUGAUCGAUGGAAUUAAUAUUUUAGAUAUUGAUCUAAGGGUAUUACGUUCUGCAAUUACAAUUAUACCACAAGAACCUAAUAUAAUGACUGGAAGCUUGCGUUAUAAUGUUGACCCAUUCAAUGAAUAUUCCGAUAGUGAAGUAAUGAAAGCUCUUGCUCGUUCAAAUGCACAAGAUUUUGUUAAUAAUUUACCAGAUGGAAUUCAUACACUAUUAAGCAGUUCUUCAAAUAAUCUUUCUAUGGGACAGAGACAGUUAGUUUGUCUUACUAGAGCUUUACUAAGAAAUAGUAAGAUUAUUUUAUUAGAUGAAGCAACUGCAUCUGUCGAUAUUGCAACUGAUGAUAUUAUUCAAAAAACUAUACAAAGGGAAUUUUCAGAAUGUACAAUACUAUCUAUUGCUCAUAGAAUCCAUACUAUCAUUAAUUUCGAUCUUAUUAUUGUACUUGACAAUGGCUAUAUUGCAGAAUUUGAUACUCCACAAAAUUUACUUGCAAAUACUUCUUCAAUAUUUUACUCACUUGCAACGCAAACAAAUACUAUUUAG